GGAAGUUGGUAUCAAUACAAAUGUCCGAAAAGGAACCAAACAAAAAUAGAUACAUGUUCAAGAUUAUGUCAGCCGACUCGCUGUUUUACAAACGAAGAUAAGGUUAUUGGCCCGAGUGGUGCAAGCUGUAGGGGAUAUGGCGUGCGAGAACACCAACACGGUUUUGUGUGGGAGAAGUGAGACAAGUAGGAUUGCGCAACCUCCGGAUUAAAUGGUCAAGAUACAUAACAGUACCUACGUUUAUUUUUUGUCAGCAGCCCAAAAGAUGUCAUAUGGCUCUUCAGGCACGCGGAUUCUAAUGAAUGCAUAAGAAUACGUCCUAGAUAAUGAUGGACUUGCAUAUUAAUCCAGGUUACUCCGAAAGACUCAAAUUCACAGUAAACUUUGUAAUUCUUGGCAAAUCUAUUCAAUAGCAACCUACAGUAAUACAUCAACCCUUAUCCAACGCUCCAUGACCUUGACUUUUGUACAACAUAAGAAAAGCAUUCCAACUCCGUGAAAUGGCCACGUCCCACGGCGAAGACACCCCCUUGCUCAGGGCGGCGGAUACGCCGGACGGUGCAUCCAUCCGCUCGUCCUCCUCUCUUCUCAAGCCUUCCGCCGCCGACGACGAGAUCGAAGAUGGGCCCUCGACGCCGCCCGAGUUCGGAAACAUCGAAGACAGCGUGCUGCCCGAAGAAUCCGUGCUGGGCCGCAACAUCGACUGGAAGAGCGCGUACAUAAUCGCGAUAUCCCGCGUCAUCGGGAGCGGCAUCUUCGCGGUCCCGGGCGUGAUCCUGACCUCCGUCGGCAGCAUCGGGCUCUCCCUCUCGGUGUGGAUACUGGGUGCCGUGGUCGUGGCGUGCGGGCUUGCUGUGUCCCUGGAGUACGGGUGCAUGCUACCCCGUAGCGGAGGCGAUAAAGUGUACCUCGAGUUCACCUACCCGCGGCCGCGGUUCUUCGCCUCGACCAUGAUCGCGGUGCAGGCCGUGCUCCUGGGCUUCACGGCGAGCAACUGCGUCAUAUUCAGCCAAUACGUGCACUUUGUCUUCGACGCCGAGGCGCGGGACGCUUCGAAGAAGGCCCUGGCGGUUGCGCUCAUCACCGUCGUCACCAUUAUCCACAGCGUCUGGUACAAGGCCGGCAUACGCAUCCAGAACUUCCUAGGCUGGAUUAAAGUAGGCCUGGUGGUGUUCAUGGUGUUUGCCGCCCUCUACGUCGUGAUUUUCCGGCCUGAGCAGGAGGACUCGGAACACAAGCCAGUGGGAGUACAGUCCUGGGAGGGACUGUGGGAGGGAAGCGACUGGAAUCUCGGCACGCUCGCAACUUCACUGUUCAAGGUGUUCUAUUCCUACGCUGGGCUGUCGAACCUGAAUAAUGUGAUGAACGAGGUGAAAGAUCCCGUGAGAACGCUGAAGUCGGUUUCGCUUACCGCGUUGGUAACGGCGUGCUUUCUCUACCUGCUAGCUAAUCUAGCUUAUUUCGCGGUAGUCCCGAUCGAUGAGAUUAAGCAGGGCGGACAACUUAUCGCGGCCCUGUUCUUCGAGCGUGUCUUUGGUCCGAAUGUUGGCAAGAGAUUCUUGCCCCUUGCUGUUGCGCUCUCAGCCGCAGGCAACGUUAUGGUGGUUACAUUCUCAGUUGCACGCCUUAAUCAGGAAAUCGCCCGCGCGGGAUUCAUGCCCUUUUCACGAUAUCUCUCAUCCUCCAAACCGUUUAACGCACCUAUGGGAGGACUCAUUGUGCAUUACAUCCCCUCCGUGUUGGUCAUCGUACUACCACCAUCGAGCGAAGUUUACUCGUUUAUAUUAGAAGUAGAAGCCUACCCAGGGCAGGUAUUUGCACUAGCUACGUCUAUAGGGCUGAUCUGGCUACGAUACAAGCGGCCCGAUCUCAAGAGACCGUUCAAAGCAUGGCUGCCGGCGGUCAUCUUUAGAACCAUUCUAUGCUUUUCCCUGCUUGCCGCUCCCUUCUUUCCACCAACUCACCCAAAGCCUGGUGGACUCUUUUAUGCAACGUACGCCAUUGUUGGCGUUGGGGUACUUCUGUUCGGGGUGAUAUACUGGCUGGUAUGGACAGUUCUGUUACCCCGAUUCGGCCAAUACAGGUUAGAAGAGAAGCAGGAAGUCCUUGAUGACGGGACGGUUAUUACCGUGUUAGCCCGCGUCCCUAAGGUUGAGUAGAGACUCUUGCGCCGAUCCAAGUAGGCAUGUAGGUAAUCACACGGGGUUGCUAGAAGGCGCAAUAACACUAGAUAGAUUAUCUCUAUUGUAUCACUCAAUAUGCACCGUCAAUUUCAUAUACGUAGGCAGCCAUAUAUUAAAUCGAACCACAUGGCAUUACAAAUAUG